AUGCUGCAGCCGGGGCUGCUGCUGCUGCUGCUGCUGCUGCUACUGAGAGUGCCAUGGGGCUGCACUGAGGGCGCGACGGAGACGGGGUUCUCCCGUGAGCAAAUCCUCCAGUGGCUGGAGAAAGGAAUAUUCAUUAUCCAGAGUGAAAGCCAUAAGACAUGCAUCCAAGCAGACCACUCUAUCCUGACCUUGAAGAACUGCGAACGACCCAACAAGAACAUGCUAUGGAAAUGGGUUUCAAAUGAGCAGCUCUUCAACAUAGGAGGCAGUGGUUGUGUAGGCUUCAAUUUACUCAACCCAGGGCAGCAACUGCGCCUUUAUGAAUGUGAUUCUGAGCACAUUUUCUUCAGGUGGCACUGUAUCAAGAAGAUGAUUAUGGGUCCCGGGGAUUCUAUGAUCCAGGCAAGGCAGGACAACAUUGUGGUGGUCACGUGGAAGCAACUUCAUAAUUGGAAUGCCUACAUGUCAGAUGGUGGAGAUAUCUGUCAACAUCUGCACAAAGAUGUGUAUACACACAAAGGGAAUGCCCGCGGAAUGCCAUGUGUGUUUCCCUUCCAGUACAACCAGCAGUGGCAUCACGAAUGCAUCCGAGAAGGCCGGCAAGAUGACUUACCGUGGUGUGCCACAACCAGUCGAUACGAGAGAGAUAAGAAGUGGGGAUUUUGCCCAGAUUCUACCUCUACAGAGCUAGGCUGUGAUGUUAUCUGGGAGAAAGACGCCAACACACACAUUUGCUACCAACUCAACCUGCUGUCAUCUCUUUCCUGGACUGAGGCACAUUCAUCAUGCCAGAUGCAAGGAGGUGCUCUACUAAGCAUUAUGGAUGAAGCUGAAGAAAAUUUCCUAAGGAAGCAGAUGAGCAGUGAAGCAGUGGAGGUAUGGACUGGUCUGAAUCAGCUGGAUGUGAAUGCUGGCUGGCAGUGGUCUGAUGGGACGCCGCUAAGAUAUCUGAACUGGAGCCCAGAGACACAUUUUGAACCAUUUGUCGAAUAUCACUGUGGAACUUUCAAUUCACUGAUGCCAAGAGCCUGGAGGAGUCGAGACUGUGAGUCCACCUUGCCUUACAUAUGUGAAAAAUACCUCAACCACACGGAUGAUGACACAGUUGAAAAAGAUGCUUGGAAAUAUUAUGCCACCCAUUGUGAGCCUGGCUGGGAACCCUACCAUCGUAAUUGCUACAAACUUCAUAAAGAAGGAAAGACUUGGAAUGAGGCUUUGCAUGCUUGCCUCUCUAGUAACAGCACGUUAGUAGACAUACGCUCAUUAGCAGAGGUGGAGUUUCUUAUCACCUUGCUUGGAAAUGAAAAUGCAUCAAAAACAUGGAUUGGUUUGAGCAGUAAUACAUUUCCCGUUUCCUUUGAAUGGUCUAAUGGCUCCUCAGUCGUCUUCACGAACUGGCACAAACUGGAGCCUCAGAUUUUUCCAAACAGAAGCCAGCUAUGUGUCUCUGCUGAGCAAUCUGAGGGACACUGGAAAGUUACCAAGUGUGAAGAUACACAUUUUUACACUUGCAAAAGGCCGGGCCAUGUCCUUUCUGAUGCUGAAUCAGGAUGUUCAGAGGCGUGGGAGAGACAUGGUGAAUUCUGCUACAAAAUUGACACAGUCCUUCGAAGCUUCAAGGAUGCUUCCAAUGGCUACUACUGCCCUCCUGCACUUGCGACCAUUUCAGACAGGUUUGAACAGGCUUUUAUUACCAGUUUGAUCAGCAAUGUGGCAAACAAGGACAGUUAUUUUUGGAUAGCUCUUCAGGACCAAAAUGACACAGGGGAAUACAGCUGGAAGAGAGCAGGGCAGAAGCCUGAGCCGGUGCAAUACACACACUGGAAUGCGCAUCAGCCCCAAUAUAGUGGUGGUUGUGUGGCCAUUCGAGGAAAGAAUCCAGCUGGACACUGGGAAGUAAAGGACUGUAGACACUUUAAGGCCAUGUCUCUGUGCAAGCAGCCAGUGAAAACUUGGAAGAAAAACAAACAUGAAGAAAGAUGGCCCUUUCACCCCUGCUUUAUGGAUUGGGAGUCACGGCCUGGUCUGGCCAGUUGCUUCAAGGUAUUUCAUAGUGAAAAGGUCCUGAUGAAAAGAUCAUGGAGAGAAGCUGAAGCAUUUUGUGAAGAAUUUGGAGCUCAUCUUGCAAGCUUUGCCCAUGUUGAGGAAGAGAAUUUUGUGAAUGAGCUUUUACAUUCAAAAUUUAAUCGGACAGAAGAAAGGCAGUUCUGGAUUGGAUUUAAUAAAAGAAACCCACUGAAUUCUGGCUCUUGGGAAUGGUCUGACAGAACUCCUGUUGUCUCUUCAUUUUUAGACAAUACUUACUUUGAAGAAGAUAUAAGAAACUGUGCCGUGUAUAAGGCAAACAAAACAUUGCUGCCCAUGCACUGUGGUUCCAAACGUGAAUGGAUAUGCAAAAUUCCAAGAGAUGUGAAACCCACGAUUCCAUCCUGGUACCAAUUUGAUGCACCUUGGCUCUUCUAUCAUGAUGCAGAGUACCUUUUCCAAACCUAUCCCUCGGAGUGGUCCUCCUUUGAGUUUGCCUGUGGCUGGCUGCGCAGUGAUAUUCUCACAAUUCAUUCUGCACAUGAGCAAGAAUUCAUCCUCAGGAAAAUAAGAGCGCUCUCCAAGUUCGGUUCAAAUUGGUGGAUAGGAAUUCAGGAAGAAGAAGCCAAGGAUGAAUUGCGGUGGAGAGAUGGGACACCAGUCAUAUACCAGAACUGGGACAAAGAAAGAGAAAGAUCCAUGAAUAAUCAGAGUCAGAGAUGCGCCUUCAUUUCUUCCAUAACAGGACUCUGGGACAUUCAAGACUGUGCAGUUUCUAUGCCUGGCAUUUGUAAGAGAAAAGAGUUUUGGGUCAUAGAAAAAGAGAAGAAUACACCGAAACAACAUGGAACAUGCCCCAAAGGAUGGCUGUAUUUUGACUAUAAGUGUCUUUUAGUGAAUAUCCCCAAAGACCCAAGCAGCAGGAAGAACUGGACAUAUGCUCGGGAUUCCUGCGUUGCCAAAGGCGGGACGCUGGUGGCCAUUGAGAGUGAAGUGGAGCAAGCUUUCAUUACCAUGAAUCUUUUUGGCCAGACUGCUAACGUGUGGAUAGGAUUGCAAAAUGAUGAUUAUGAAAAAUGGCUAAAUGGAAAUCCUGUGAUAUAUUCUAACUGGUCUCCAUCUGACAUACUAAAUAUUCCCAAUUACAAUACCACUGCAGAUCAAAAUCACACCCCUCUUUGUGCUCUGCUGUCUAGUAAUCCUAAUUUUCAUUUCACUGGAAAAUGGUAUUUUGAAGAUUGUGGAAAAGAAGGCUAUGGGUUUGUCUGUGAAAAAAUGCAGGAUUCUUCUGGACACCAUGUAAAUACAUCUGACAUGUAUCCAAUCCCCAAUACCUUAGAAUAUGGAAACAGAACUUACAAAAUAAUUCAUGCAAAUAUGACUUGGUAUGCAGCAAUAAAAUCCUGCCUGAUGCAUGGAGCAGAACUGGUCAGCAUCACAGACCAGUAUCAGCAGUCCUUCCUCACGGUCAUCCUCAGCCGGCUCAGACACGCCCACUGGAUUGGAUUGUUCACUGCCAAUAAUGGUCUUCGUUUUGACUGGUCAGAUGGCACCAAGUCCAAUUUCACCUUUUGGGAAGAUGAAGAGUCUCCCUUCCUCGGUGACUGUGUUUUUGCUGACACCAAUGGACGCUGGCAUAGUGCGGCCUGUGAGUCAUUUCUGCAAGGUGCCAUCUGCCAUGUGCCCACUGAAACAAGACCACUUAAAUAUCCAGAGCUGUGCUCAGAAACAUCUAUUCCCUGGAUAAAAUUUAAAAAUAAUUGCUACAGUUUUUCUACAGUCUUAGAUGGUGUGAGUUUUGAAGCUGCUCAUGAAUUUUGCAAAAAGGAAGGAGCAAAUCUUCUAACAAUCAAGGAUGAGGCAGAAAAUUCAUUUCUCCUAGAAGAGCUUUUUGAUUUUGGUGCUUCUGUGCAGAUGGUCUGGCUGAAUGCUCAGUUUGACAAUGAAACAGUCAAAUGGUUUGAUGGGACUCCAACAGACAAGUCAAACUGGGGCACUCGGAAACCAGACACGGAGCACAUCAAGGCACAUCGGUGCCUUGCCCUGAAGAUCCCUGAAGGAAUAUGGCAGUUCUCCCCAUGUCAAGAAAAAAUGGGCUUCAUUUGCAAAAUGACGGCAGAUAUUCACACUGAAACAGAACAUCCAGAAAAAAGACCUAGUCACAGCAUCGUGCCGCUCGCCGUAGCUCUGACACUCGUGAUUCUGGCCAUUUGCGCACUGUCCUUCUAUAUGUACAAGCAGAACAGGGGCUUUUUGAGGAGACUUGCUGGGGUUCGAGGUUCUUACUAUCACACCAGCUUCAGAAGCACACAUUUGGAAGAAAAUAUUCUCAUUUCUGAUCUGGAGAAUGACCAAUGAAUAAUGGAACCAGAGAAGGCCAAACCGUGAGCAUGGGUGAAGACCACAAGGAGUCACCUCUGAUCUUGCACCGGUACCCCCUGCACAUCCUAAAGUGAACUGGGUUGUUAUUAUAACAACUAUUUUUACAAUGAUUACUGAUUUCCAAUUGUAACCAAAUCAGAUGAGUCUUGAUAUAUUUAUUUCCCUAAACUUCAAUCUAUCCCUUAGAAAGAAAAACUAUGCAGUGGUUAUUAUUCAAAGGGAUAAAAGAAAAUCCCUAUGGAAAGCUUUCAAAGCAAUAUAAAUAAUAGUUUUGCAUUCAUAUUUUUCUACUAAGAUUUUUAUUGGGAAUAACCUAUUCAGACAUUUACUCUCACUGAUUUCAUGUUUUCCUGUUCUAUUUUGAGAAUGAGGAUGAGCAAAAAUGUAAUCAUGUCUAUGAGGAAACAAAAAUAAAGGCUUCUGAGAGAG